AUGACCAAAACCCGGCUCUUCCGCCUGUGGCUGGUCUUGGGGUCCGUGUUCAUGGUCCUCCUGAUCAUUGUGUACUGGGACAACGUGGGCACGGCCCACUUCUACCUGCACACUUCCUUCCCCAGGCCGCGCCCCACCCCCGCGCAGGGGGCAGAGAAGGAGUUCACGGCCGACGUGGACGCGUUUUUGCAGAAGCUGCUUAGCGGCGGCCUGAAGCAGAGCGCCCCCUCCGGUCGAAGGACGGAGCAGCCCUCGGUGCAGGCCUCGGGCAGGCCCGUGCUGAGCAACGCGGAGGAGAGCGUGCGGGGCUACGACUGGUCCGCCCGCGACGCCCAGCAGGGCCCGGACCCCGGCGGGCGGCAGGCCGAGCGGAGGAGCGUGCUCCGGGGGCUCUGCGCCAACGCCAGCUUCGUGUUCCCCACCAAGGAGCGCUCGUUCGACGACAUCCCCAACUACGAGCUGAACCACCUGAUCGUGGACGACCGCCACGGCGUCAUCUACUGCUACGUGCCCAAGGUGGCCUGCACCAACUGGAAACGCGUCAUGAUCGUGCUGAGCGAGAGCCUCCUGGACCGGGGCGCCCCCUACCGCGACCCGCUGGACAUCCCGCGGGAGUACGUCCACAACUCCAGCACCCACCUGACCUUCAACAAGUUCUGGCGCCGCUACGGCAAGUUCUCCCGCCACCUCAUGAAGAUCAAGCUCAAGAAGUACACCAAGUUCCUGUUCGUGCGGGACCCCUUCGUGCGCCUCAUCUCCGCCUUCCGCAGCAAGUUCCAGCUGGAGAACGAGGAGUUCUACCGCAAGUUCGCCGUGCCCAUGCUCACCAUGUACGCCAACCGCACCGGCCUGCCCUCCUCCGUCAGCGAGGCCUUCAGCGCGGGCCUCAAGGUGUCCUUCGCCAACUUCAUCCAGUACCUGCUGGACCCGCGCACCGAGAAGCUGGCGCCCUUCAACGAGCACUGGAGGCAGGUGCACCGGCUCUGCCACCCCUGCCAGAUCGACUACGACUUUGUGGGCAAGCUGGAGACGCUGGACCAGGACGCCGCCCAGCUGCUGCGGCUUCUCAAGGUGGACAAGCUCCUGCACUUCCCCCCGAGUUACCGGAACAGGACCGCCAGCAGCUGGGAGGAGGGCUGGUUCGCCCCCAUCCCCUUGGCCUGGAGGCAGCAGCUGUACAAACUCUACGAGGCCGAUUUCGUCCUGUUCGGCUACCCGAAGCCCGAAAACCUGCUCAGAGACUGAGGGCGGCGGGGACAGUCCCGAACGCCGGAACCAGCCGGGCUCACGUCAUCUGCCGUCCCACGGCCGUCUUCCUGAGGGAGGAUCCAUGGGCUCCCGCGUGGAUUUUUUCACGGCCCCGUUUCCCUGCCGGCCCGACACGGCAGGGUUCCCCAGCGCUCCCGUCAACGAGGAGGCUGGAGACCGUCCCCACACUCCAGUUUUUUAAAUAACCUACGAUUUUGCAAUCUAGACGUACCGUUUACUCCACUGCCUAUAUUCGUUGAGUACUGUGUUAAUAUUGUUUUCUAAGAUUAAUAUAUUUGAGAUAUUUAAUAUGAAAAGUGCAGAAAGAAAGGAUGGAGUAAAUGUUACACCUGCUUCUU